UCUCCCCCUUGUCCUAGGGUUAGGGUUACUUACUGUUAAUAACUAAUAACUUUUAAAUUCUGUUUUGAAAAACUUUAACUAGUACUGUCAUUCACAGUUUCCAAUGGUUGUGAAUGCAACAGACUGGCUGGUCCCGACUGCAGAGCUGGACCCCUGCGGUAACUACACUGAAGCUUGGUUAUGGCUGUCCUCUCUGCAGCCAGCCUAUCUGGGUCUGAUCAGCGUCGUGGGGCUGCUGGGGAACGGCCUUGUACUCUGUGUCUUCUGCCUGCAGAACAAACCCUGCACAGUGGCCGAUGUCUACCUCGGGAACCUGGCAGCUGCUGACCUGGUCAUGAUCACCUGCCUUCCCUUCUGGGUUGUCACCAUCGCCCGAGGCUACCAGUGGGAAUUUGGAGAGGUCCUCUGUAAGCUAGUCAACGUGGCCAUCUCUAUGAACUACAUCUGCAGUGUUCUGUUCCUCACGCUGGUCAGCGUGGACCGCUAUCUGGCUCUGGUGAAGCCAAUGAGCACCAGCCGUCUGAGGAGAGCUGCCUGGGCCAAGCAUAUCUGCUUGGGGAUUUGGAGCCUGGGCUUCCUCUUCACUCUACCCGUCCUGCUCUUCCGCACAGUGAUGCACGUAGAGGAUCCUGGUGUGGAUGCCUGCAUUCUGCACUACCCCCACCCAGCAUGGAGGCUGCACCACAACAUCACCAGGAAUGUGUUGGGCUUCUUCAUCCCUGUCUUAGUGAUGGCUUACUGUACUUGUUACAUUGUGACUGUGCUGGGUGAGCGGGGGACCAGAGGGUUCCCCGGGGUACGGGUGGAGAGGAAGGCCACCUACUUGGUUCUGGUCGUGCUGGCUGUCUUCCUCUUCUGCUGGACACCUUACCAGGUGAUGCUGUUUCUUGACACUCUGGAUUACUUCCAGGUCACACCUGGAUGCCUCUGGGGUCAUGUCCUGGACAUCGGCAUACAGCUGUCUGCAUAUCUGGCAUACAGCCACAGUGCUAUUAACCCCUUCCUGUUUGUCAUUGUGGGGAAGCAUUUUAGGAGACGAGCAAAAGAGGCAUUUAGUAGAACUUUCUACCGGACUGUGAGCUCCACCUCUAUGAAUAGAUUCAAUGAAACACAACGGUUAAGUAUUAGAAAUUUUGAAAAUAUGGGCCAGGACAAGCUACAUCAGGUCCUGUGGCUGACGGGACAGUAAACACAACACUGACAUACUAUGACUUUAUGAAGUUGAUGUGGAAUACAGUAGCUUAUUAACAUAUCAGGAGGCACGGAGCAGAAUAAACAUGGAUUCUAGCUUGUGAUAUUGGGUCUCUACUAUUUUAGCUGAAUGUUUUUGUUGAUGAGUCCCCACCAAUGGGACAGUAAAUACAGGUGCAUCUAAGUCCAUUUCCUGGAAGUUCAAGUCAAAUAGCCCCAACCAAGUAUUGAGUGCAUAUAGAUGGACAUACUCUUCAGUGGACAACAUUUCCGCAUUAAACAUACUUUUUAAAAUUGUUCUUUUGUAAUAUUAACAUUUUUUGAGACACUGAAUUAUAGGUGUUCAUUAAAUGUAAGCCAUAAUCAUUAUAAUUAGAAUAAAUUUAAAUAAAUUAAGACAUGAAAUGUUUCAUUAUGUGUGUAAUGGAUCUAUAUAAUGUGUUAUUUCCACUUUUUGAAUUGAAUUACUGACAUAAAUUAACUUUUCUAUGAUGUUCUAAUUUAUUGAGAUGCACUUGUAAGAGUUAUCAGGAGCGAAAUGCAAAGCAUUAGUUAGAAUGAGGUAAACAGUGGAGGUGAUGGUGAAAAAAAGCAUCACAACAUCAAAAGACAGAGGAAUAAAACAAUAUAUAUGUUGAAGAGCCGCACUGAGUUUAGGGAAACCUAAGAUUUAUUUUAGAUUUUUUUUAAUUAUUAUGCCUUUAUUCUUGUAAUAUUACAAUGUUUCUUCUCAAAAUAGAAUGACUUUUUAUAAUAAUUGUCAGAGAACACAGAUAUAUGGGAUAGGCCAAUGUUUGAAAUGUGCAGAUAGCUUUUGAUGUAAACAGAUGUCACAUGCACAUUUAAAGAGGUUGCAUCUCCAAACAACAGACUCAAAGGAAAAAUCAAUGAAAUGAAAAAUUAUGUCUAUGUGUGUUGACCCAGAAGAGAUAACAUUAAAGGUUAAAACUUGAUAUACAAGAGAAUAAGUAUUUAAAAAGCAAAACAUAUGUCUCUUUGAUUGUACUGUUUACUGCAACUGUGAAUCAAUAAAAAUAUAUUAAAAAGCAAAACAGAAUACCUGAGAGCCUUACUGGAUUAUGUUCCAUUCCAUUAUUUCAUU